GGGGACCAACUCCAUUUUAAAGCCCAUGAUUUUGGAAUGAGAUUGGAAUCGAGUAGGUGUCUACAUACUUCAUGUAGUGUAUGAUGAGAUGGCUAGACGUGGGAGGACCAAUAGAGCACUAUUGUACCAAGCAAGAAUAAACACACACACACUUCUAGAUGGGGAAAGCAAGGAGGAGUACUACAGCGGCUCAAGAAAGCUUGUUUCAUGACAAAGAAUUGUCCAGGUGUGUGUUGUCAUGGUUAAAGAGAAAAAGAGAGAAAAAGAGAGAAAAAGAGAGAAAACGAGAGAGAGAAAAAGAGAGAAAAAAAGAGAGAGAGGCUAACAGUGAAGGUUAAGAAAAGGAGGGAAGGAGGGGUCCAGACACACUCGCACACACUCAAACACAUUCUCACAUUCACACACGCACGUCGAGAGAGAAAAAGAGGUUGCUGUGGGUGUGACCAAAGGAGUAACUUAGACUCUUCUCCCGUUUACCUAAGGGGCUACAUAUAGCCGUGUGUGAGGUAGAAAACACACACUCACACACACCUGUCGACGCUGCUGCCCUGUCGAUUCACCUUGACUCCCCUGGGCUGAAGAAAACAUAUACCACAACUUAACAGGCCACUGUCCUUGGUCAUCAUGUCUCAGUGUAUGCCCUCUAACCUAUGUGUGCUAAUGCUGCUACUGACCCUGCUGCUGCUGUCACCAUUCAACUUCAGCUACAAGGGGCUCAGCACAAGACCUGGCUGCCAUUUAUACCCAUUUAACGUGACCAUCCGUAGUGACCGGCGUGGGACAUGUAAGGGAACCCAUGUUGUGUAUGCCUGUGUUGGAUACUGUGAGUCCAGUGCCUUUCCCUCACGCUACUCUGUCCUGGUGGCAUCUAACUUCACUCACAACAUCACCUCAGCGUCAAGAUGUUGUACCAUCAGCAAGGAUGCAAAGAUCAAAGUUCGUCUGGACUGCCCUCGUGCUCGUCAUCACAACGACAUUGAGAUCCUGACGGCGCGGGCCUGUCACUGCGACAUGUGUCGCAAGUCACACUACUGAGAUGGCACUGUCGCCGCGGGAACAUGCACAAACUGUAUCAUGAGGACUGGGAUAAGAAGGAGUCCCAAGGAGAGCAAUCUGUCAAUCAAAUGUACUGUAUAUGAGAGAGAGAGGUUUGUGCAUGCCUAGAAUGGAAUGGUGGAGCAGGGAAAAAAGACUUGAGAAACACUUUUUAUAACGUUGCUUUAUUUAAGAAUGGUUGGUUUAAACAUUGGUUUAAGACAGAAGAAGACCGUUUGUGACCCUGUAUGAGUUAAUACCCUAUUUCCUUUGUAGAGCACUACUUUUGACCAGGGUCAAUAGCGCUCUGGUCAGAAGUACUGCACUAUAAAGGGAAUAGGGUGCCAUUUGGGAUGCAUUCGUAGGCACUGGCAGCCAGUCAAACGACUAUAGAUAAUACAAUAAUUAACUCUACAUAGAUCUGCUAUACAGCCCCUUCCACAGAACUAGAAUGAGUAGAACUAGAAUCCAACUUUCAAAUCAAUGGGUGGACUGGCAGCCAAUUUGAGUAUUUACCAAUCAAGUUGCCAUGGUCAGAAGUUCCAAUUCUGUUCUAUGAAUUCUAUGGCCACUACACAGCCAGACAUUAAGAGACAAAAUAAUGUACAUGAAACUUUAUUUAUUUUAAUGAGCUUGAACAACUGAUGUUUUGUAAGUAAGUGACAAGAAAGAAUGUUGGAAGUGUUGAGGAAAUAAACAUUUAAAA